UAUGACAACCAGAAUUUUUGACUUAGGAAUGUAUUGUUUGCCUAACGUAGGUUAAAAAGACCUACUUUUGACAGAAAUAACAACAUGACAGGAUAUGAAUAUGAGUGUAAAUAUUCCUAAAAGUAGAAAGAACUCUAUGUUUAAGUUAGGUCCAAUCGAAACGACAGAUUCACGAGUGAUAUGGAAUCCUGAAAAUGAUCGAAACGAACUUUACGACGUUGACGUUGGUCGAGCUGUGCCAACCGCCGUGCUCAACGCCCCACAGCAGGGGACCGCAGUCGCCAAUCACGCUGACCCAUCUCCGGAGUGGAUUGCAGCAAACCUCCACACAACACCACCUCCUUCUCGGCCCAAAUCUAUAGGCAGCCCAUAUCUGUCUUCACCGGCCAUCAAAAAGAAAUCCAAGUCCAAAGCGAAAGUACGACACCGGAGAAUGAGGCCAUGUUUGACGGUGGAAAUGUCCAAGGCCAAGUCAGGAGCCGAGGUUUUAAGAAUUAGUUUUGAAGAGCUGGGCUGGAGAUGGAAAGAGGUUUGUGGACCUCGUAAAACCUCCUGUGAUCUCCACUGGCACGGGUGUUCUUUUUAUGACAACGAUGGAAUCCAAUCAGGGAUGGUCAACAAGUUUCCAGGUUUGUUGGAGCUAGUACGCAAAGCACAACUCAGUAAACUUCUUCAUCAGAUGCAUGAACUCUUCCCCGAGGAAUUUGACUUUUACCCAAGGACGUGGCUUCUACCAGAGCAGUACCACCACUUCUGCGCAAACGUGGCUGAAAUGCAGCAGAAACACCCGCAUGAUAAACCGGUGUUUAUCGUGAAGCCCGAUGAGGGAUCUCAGGGGGACGGGAUCUACCUCAUCACAAACCCCCAUCACAUGGGGUCAGUUGGUUUGGUCCGGAGGGCCGUUGUGCAGGAGUACAUUGCAAGGCCCCUGCUAUUGGAACGUACCAAGUUUGACCUUAGGGUGUAUGUUCUACUAGCUUCCAUUGACCCGCUGCAAAUCUACAUCUGUAGGGAAGGAAUGGCACGGUUUUGUACGGUGAAAUAUCAGCUACCGACCAAUCGUAAUAUUAAUCAGGUUUUCAUGCAUUUGACUAACUACUCGCUCAACAAGAAGAGUGACACAUUUAUUCACACGGACUCUAUGGACCGUGGUAGCAAGCGAACGUUGACGAGUACAUUUACAGCUCUAGCCUCUCGAGGUCAUGAUGCCGUCGGGUUAUGGGAUGCUAUUGAGGAGAUUGUCGUCAAGACGAUAACGGCCAUGUUGCCGGACUUGACCGUUGAGCUUCAGGCAGAGUUACCUGCGAAGAAACCCGCUCCGUCUUGUUUUCAGAUUUUGGGUUUUGAUAUUCUUGUGACGGAUGAGCUGAAACCGAUUCUAUUAGAGGUCAAUGCAAACCCCAGUCUGCGACUUGACUUUGAACAUGAAGUAUCGCCUGGCAUCGUUGAAUCCAAACCAAGCCCUGUUGAUGAGGAGAUUAAAAUCUCACUCAUCAAAGACACGUUGAGACUCCUCAAACCAGGAAAACAUGCCAAGGAGUUCAAAUCAAGGCAUACAAUGCCCAACUCAGAUGGCUCUCAUCAUUCUCAGGCAGCUGUCCGAUCAGCCACGCCCAACUCAGCCACGCCCAACUCCUCCGAUGAUGAGGCUGGGAAGGAAGGCGUGGCUAUAGACGAGUCCUGCUUGGAGGAAAUCUGGCCCAGGAAGUAUGGAGAACGCUACAGUCACUUGAGAGUGAUGGAGCACGUUGCUGGAUUGUUCAAUCAGUUCCUGGGAGUGAAAGGGGCACAUCGAAUGGGAGCGACAGGAUUUAGAAUGUUUAGCAGGAAAUGCAAGCUUUGCAGUAAUGGCAUCACAAUGGCAGCAAUCGAUAUCAUGUAUAUCGACAUCACACGGCGCUGGACUUUAGACAGCCAUGAAGGAAUCGGAGCAGGCAUGUGCUUUGGUGCAUUCCUCGAGGGCUUCUUCUCAAUCGCAAUGCGCAAAUUCCGUGGCAGCUCCCUCCUUGAGAAGGUAAGCGCCCUCGUUGAGGUGUGCGAGUGCAACCUCAAGAGGGCUGGGGCGAGGCCGACACCCAGGCCACACCCCAGGAGACUACGCAGGCCAGAGAUGGUGAGACGCAGGGUGUCGGGAGGAUGGCCGACCACUGAAGACUGAGACAAUGAAAAUGAGAAAUCAACUCCGUCCAAAUUAUCUAGAGGUGUAUGAUUAAAGACAGAUCAUGAUUAUUGGAAUGAAGUGUGGAAACACGGAGGAAUAGUUUCUGUGAAGGAAUUAUUAAGCAAGUUUGCAAUAUAGGACGCAAGAUGGCAAGGUACAAAUCCGAGACAAAACAGUAAGCCUUGGUACUGGGUAACUUUGGAGUAGAGUCAGAAGUCUCAAUCCAUCUCUAGUAGCCCUUGGUACUGGGUGCCCUGAGCACUGGGUAACAUUCUGGGCACUGGGUAACCUGAGCACUGGGUAACAUUCUUGGCACUGGGUAACAUUCUGGGCACUGGGUAACAUUCUGGGCACUGGGUAACAUUCUGGGCACUGGGUAACAUUCUGGGCACUGGGUAACAUUCUGGGCACUGGGUAACAUUCUGGGCACUGGGUAACAUUCUGGGCACUGGGUAACAUUGAACAUUUGUCAAAGCAGAUAACAUAAAUAUUUGUUAAUAUUUUUCAUGUUCAUUUAAGUCGGGUAUUAUUUCCUUUCUUGAAAUGGAACAAGCCAAACAACUUCCAAGUUUUUGGUACAAUUUUCCACCCUCAAAACACUUCCAUCUUUUUUUUAUUUAAAGAAAUACUUUUUGCGCAAAUAAUUAUAAUAACAAUAAUGCAAUACUUCCAUAAUAUUUCUUUUUAACACGUUUUUGCAAAACACAAGAUAAGGUAUGCACUUGUUUAUAUAUAUAUGUUAACAUUUUAAUUUAUUAAUAAAUCACAAAUCAUCAUUUUAAAAAGGACCAUUAUGUUGUUGGUGAUGAUGCACAUUGUUUAACAUUUUAAUUAUACAUGUGCAUUGUGUGUAAAUAUUAUUUGCAAUUAAAUAUGGCCAAAGUUUGUUUUAGUUUCAGUAAGAUUUUGCAAGUGAUUGUGUUUUUUUUGCAGCUAAUAAUUGUUUGUACCCUCUUUGUUAAAACUGGUGUAUUUAAUUUGUUAUGUUCCAUCAUAGAAGUAAAACAUAACACUCUUUAAAAUAUUGGCUCAGGCAAACCACUAUAAUCAGAGUCCAAAAGUUUGGGUGUUGAGUUACACUUUUCCUUUUACCUUAUCCUAACCCUUAUGUGUACAUCGCAAGGGUUGUCUGAACCUAGGGUCGUCAGAAUCUGCCGUCGAUUUGACCAAUCUCUUCCUAACUUAGGACUUAGGAUGAAUUCAGUUCAGUAACCAGAGACAAUAGGACACAUUGAACCCAUCAUGUAAGUCGUCCUAAACUCGAGAUUAAUCCAAGCGUUUCGGAUUAAUCCAAGCGUUUCGUGAAGUCGGCUGCAAGGGAUUUUUGGAAUAUAGGUGUGUUGAAACAAAGAGUAGGUGUUGGAUUUUGUUAGAGUGACUUGAGUGACUUGAGUGACUUGAGUGACUUGAGUGACUUG